GGAAAUUUUGCGCUUUUUUCUCUUCCGUUCCGUUCCGUCCUCCCCCCCUCGAAAAAUCCCGCCCCGUCACCCCGCUCAACCCCCUCUCUCUCUGAACAAUGUGCGCCGCCCAGAAUCCGCCGCCCUUCGGCUAUACCUGGGGCUUUGCUGACAACGGCAGCCGCGCCACCGAAUCGGUCCUGGAGAUAUCGCCGAACAUCAACUACACGGUCAGCGGGGAGUCGAUGCCCUAUCUGCUAUCGACGGAUGGAUCAUUAGCUGUUCAAAAGGACGUUAAAGGCCUGACAGCUGGCGGCAAAAAUAAUGUCGUACGUCGCAUGUUCGUGGUAAACGAUCCGUCAUUUCCGCCUGGAACCCAGAGAGUUAUCACCGCUGGAGGAUCGACGGUGGUCAAGAAGCAGGACCAAAAUCAGCAGGUUCUGAGCCUCGACAAGAACUAUCUGCUGGUGGAUCCGGCCACGGCCGCAGCAGCAGCUGCCGCUGCUGGUGGGGAUCAGGGGCUCGCCCACCACCACACGCUGACCAACGGCAGCAUAGUUGAUGCCAAGACCGGACAGACGGUGCUAACCGCCGGCUCUGCGGCGGCCAAGUCGCACUUCAGCUCGAUCGGAGCGCUGCAUCUCACGCAAGAGGAGUGCAAUGAGAUCCUGAUCAAGCGCGCCAUCGCUGCCGGCCACCAUCAGACGCACACGAUCACCGCUGCCGACGGAUCCCAUCACCAUGCGUCCGGCGGGACACCAAGCGGUGCAACAACACUCUUAGGUGACAUACUUCCUGGUAUUUCAGUUCAAGUACAGAAAGUAAUACAAGGACUGGAAGAUAACGAGGACUCGCAGGGCGAAGCACCCAACUUAAAGUUGGAGCCAGGCACAUUAGAGUUGUCCCCGAAGACCGAACUACAGGAAUCAAUGCAUUUCAGCGAAACGGACGCCACCAUCAAAAAGGAACGCCCGUACAGUUGCGACGAGUGCGGCAAGUCCUUUCUGCUCAAGCAUCAUCUGACAACCCACGCACGCGUGCACACAGGUGGUGAACGCCCCCACAUCUGCACCCACUGCGGCAAGAGCUUCGCGCACAAGCACUGUCUCAACACUCACCUGCUUCUUCACUCCACGGAGCGACCCUAUCAGUGCCAGGAGUGCAAGAAGAGCUUCACCCUCAAGCACCAUCUGCUGACCCAUUCGCGUGUCCAUAGCCGCGAGCGACCGUUCGUCUGUCAGGAGUGCGGACGUGCCUUUCCGCUGAAGCGCCACCUGGUCACGCACAGCAAGUUCCACGCAGGCGAGCGACCCUAUGUCUGCGAGGAAUGCGGGGAGAGCUUUGCUCAGGAAAACCACCUGAUUAUGCACUCGCGCUUCCAUGGCUCGUUGAAUCCAUUUGUUUGUGCAGAGUGCGGAGCUUCGUUUCCACGCAAGUUCCAACUGGUUAACCACGGGCGCAUUCACGGCAAGAUCCCCCACUCGUGCACUGUGUGCGGCAAAGAAUUUCUACAGAAGCGAACACUGGUUUCCCACAUGAGGCGCGUACACACUGGCGAGCAGGCGCAUCCCUGCGUCAGCUGCGGCGAGGGAUUCCUUACCAAGGCCGAGCUACACCAGCAUGUGAGGACGGCGCACAAUGGCGUCAAUCCGAACACAAGCAGUGCCACCAUCAUAGCCAAUCAGCAGCAGCUGCAACAGGCCCAUCACCAUCAGGCCGGUCAACAGACGCAUCCGCAGACCAUAACUGUGGUGAGCAAUCCGGGUAACUCCACGCUGCUAACUGUCUCCACGACAGAUGCCAAUGGCGUGGCGCGUCCACAGUUUGUGUGCCGCGAGUGUGGCAGCGCUUUUAACAGUCGAGAGGCCUUGGCACUUCACUUGCGCCUUCACACUGGCGAUAAGAGCCUGAUGACAGAUCUGUGUGCCUUGACGGCCGCGCUGCCGGGACACUUCUUGAGCACGGCCAGCCUGAAUCCAGGCACCGUGGUCACGGCCAACCCGAAUCUGGUGGGCCAGAGCCCAGUGCCUGUGCAGAUCAUAUCGUCCACCGGUCAGGUUAUGUCGCAGACCACACUGGUGCAGGCCGCCAACUCGACCCAUCCGCAGGCUGUGGUCACCGCGGUGCCCACGAUGCCCGUACACGGCCAGCAGCAGCAUCUGCAGCACGUGGCCCAGCAGCAGCAGCAACAGCAGCAACAACAGCAGCAACAGCAGCAGCAGCACGUUGUCGCCGUGGCGCCGGCCAACAAGCCCAAGUCGCAUUUCUGCGCCAGCUGCGGCAAGGGAUUCGCCGCCAAGCACGGACUCAUGCAGCACAAUAGGCGGCACCCGAACGGCGGAUGCACGGUACGCACCCACGUGUGCGAGUGCGGCAAGGCCUUCUUCCAGAAGAACCACCUGAUGCUGCACCAGCGCCAGCAUCUCGAGACGAAGCCAGCCAUAUCCCAGCAACAGGAGGCCACUGCCCAGCAGCAAUUGGCGGCUGCCGGCGAACAGCAGCAAGUGCAGGUGCAGAUAAUGCCCGAUGGCCAGAUCCACGGAAAGGUGAUCAAGUACGAGAUCUGCCGCAGUGUCUUGCCAGAGGAUCAGCAGCAGGAGCAGGGCGACAUGAGUGCGGACUAACCUGGAGCGAUUGUAAAUACGUGGCAAGUGCAACAGCGACACCAGCAAACACACAUAGAGCAGCAUACAGCAUCAGAUUCAGCAACAGCAUCAGCAUCAGUAGCAACACCCACAGUGCAGAACAGAACACCAGGCAGAUCGCUCCCAGAACGGUCCUCGGAGUGAGGCGAAUGCGUCGUAAGCGAUUCCCUUAAUUGUAAUAUUUUAGUUAGUCUUAGGUUACCGGCUAAGUAAUAUCGCAUUGUACACAUAAAAGUUAACUAGCGUUACAGACAUGAACACACACCUUAUAUAAUAUAUAUAUAUACAGACAUAUGUAGGUUUACGUAUAGAGAGUAUCUGUUAAUUUUUGCGAUGCCUUGGUCGCAUCUAAAACAACAACCUGUAUGAGUUGCAAGUUUUAAAGCGUUACGUUCAAUUGGUUUUACGCAUUACACGAGUUUUAAUAACACAACUUAUACACAAACUUAUAUUCAAACUAGACGACAAAUAUUUAUGCUUAAGUGUAAACUGUAAACAUAUUAACACGAUACAUAGACGGAUAACGACUACGGAUAGUUCUAGACACUAGCGCAUGCGUUGCACUUGAAUACGUAACACCGGGGGCUCCAAUAAUCCAGUAGUGGCGAGGCGUGGGCGGCAGCGUGGUCGAGCAUGUGGGCGCGGACUUGGUAAUGAAUCUGGGCUUGGGUAUUCCUGCCCAGAAUCGCGUUGGUGUAGCACAUUUCGAAUGUACAUAAGAAACCGGAGUUGGCUGCAACACCAAGUAGAUGCAUAACAGGUCCGACAGAGUGGAGGGACCCACUCCAACCGGAGCUGGAGUCUGGAGGCUAAGGAAUGUGGAGUAGGUGCCUGGCACAACAACUAGCUAACACACAGAUAUGUAUAUCCAACACGAACGGCGACACAGAUCUUUAGCGUAGGUGACUGCGAUUGUUUGACAACCCAAAACACAGCCUAGCAAAAGAAACAAAGAAAACUUACAAAAAUUAUCCAAUGAAAUUAGGACACAAGCAGCUAACAAGAACAGAUACACUCUUAUAAACAACCGACCCACAUCAUCCAAUGCACGCUUGGCGACGUAUAUCACACUGUAAAAAAUCGAGGUUAAGUCUUAGGAACGCGUUAAAGCAGACGGAACAUAAUUGGUAAUUAUCGUAAUCGGAUAAAUGAAACAAUAAAUAAUGAACAUACACUAAGCAUAUAUUUUAAUAUGUAAGCCUUAAAGAAAUACAAACGGAAAAUAUGAAUUAUAAUAAACAAAACAACGUGUAAUUGCAA